AUGGAGUACAGCUAUGCUUACGCUCCUCACGGCACAGGUGUUUUUAGCUGUCUUCCGAAGGGAUGCGAGGCCCAUGUAUACAAAUUCUCGUUCGACAUGGGUGCCACAGCAAAGUCGGUUCUGGACGUUGACGAGAUCCUUGAAAGCAUGAAGGAGUCAUGGCGGGGCAUCGAGUAUGACCGCCGCCGCCGCAACUGUUGCUUGUUUUGCAAGACAUUGCUGGAGAAGCUGGGCGUGGGUCCCGUUCCCGACCUCGCAGCUUGGGAUGACAUGGUGAAUGUAUGA